AUGCCGGUCUACAGUUCCCAGGGCACUGAGUGCGGGAUUCGCACCUUUCGGCUGCGAGCAGAGCCAGCGAGCAGAGCCACGCAGUUCCUUAGCCUCAGCAUGGCCCUGGACGACAACUUCGACUUCGUGUUCAAGGUCAUUCUCAUCGGGGACUCUGGCGUGGGCAAGACGAGCGUGUUGCAGCACUUUGCCUCCGGGGUCUACAGCGAUGACCAGAAUAACACAGUCAACAUGGACUUCAUCUUGCGUUCCCUGGACAUCGACGGCAAGAAAGUGAAGAUGCAGCUGUGGGACACGGCGGGCCAGGAGCGCUACCGGGCCAUCACAAAGAACUACUACCGUGAGGUGGACGCGGCCAUCAUCGCCUACGACAUCACACGGCGCUCCUCCUUCGAGUCUGUUCCGGACUGGAUUGACGAUGUGAAGGAGUACGGAGACACCGACACGGUCAUCAUGCUGAUGGGGACCAAGUCUGACCAGUGGGAGAAGCGUCAGGUGCUGUUCGAGGAAGCCUGCGCAAUGGCGGAGAAGCACGGCCUCCUGGCGGCGCUCGAGACCUCGGCCAAGGAGUCCAGGAACAUCAACGAGGCCUUCCAGUUCAUGGCCAAGGCACUGAUCGCCCGCAACAGCCAGCCCGCCCUGAGCAGCGUCUUCUACUCCAAGACCAUUGUGAUGGCCGCCUGCGGCCAGGGCUCCCAGGGGUCCGGAGCUGCUUGCCACUCGCCUUCCCCCUCCGAGGAGGGCCGAGACCCUCUGCUGGCCUCCCGGGCACAGCCAGACUGGACAGAACAGGUCUACAGUUCCCAGGGCACCGAGCGCGGGAUUCGCACCAUUCGGCUGCGGGAAGGUGAGCGCACAGGCCGGUUGCGGGGGUAG